GGCCAAUAGCGUUGAGAUUCGUGGGGUUAAGUAAAAGAGGGGUAACAGAAGACGAUCAGCUGUUUUUCGCACUUGCUUGCUACGAGGAAUUGCUCUGAACACUUGGUUUUGUCCACAGCCAUGGCAACGGCCCAGACGGUGUUCACACUUGCGGUGUGCAUCUUGAUGAUCACAGAGUUGAUCCUGGCAGAAAAGGACUACUAUGAAAUCCUGGGUGUGCCAAAAGACGCUACUGAGCGGCAGAUAAAAAAGGCAUUCCACAUGCUCGCCAUGAAGUUCCACCCAGACAGGAACAAGAGUCCCAACGCCGAAGCAAAGUUCAGAGAAAUAGCAGAAGCAUAUGAAACGCUAUCUGAUGACAAGCGGAGACAGGAGUACGAUCUGAUGGGGCGGCAAGCAACGUUUGAGGGAAUGAGGGGUAGAGGAGGACGCGGCCAGCAUGUCCACCAGCCGUUCGACUUCGACGACCUGUUCAGAGACUUUGAUGUGUUCGGCCAGCACCAGCACUUUCAUCAACAGCACUCCCACCAGAAGAGGAACCAGUUUGAGAACCAUUUUGAGAAGCACUUCCAGAGCCAGCAGAGGGAGGCCCAGAACCGCCACAGGCACCACUUCCAGAACUCCUUCGGAGGAGGAGGAGGAGGACUCUUUGACGAUGUCUUUGAGGACAUGGAGAGGAUGUUCUCGUUCGACAUGCCCAGGGCUGAUGGCGGGUUUCACCGGUCCACAAAACAGCACUGCAGAACUGUAACUCAGAGGAGAGGGAACAUGGUGACCACCUACACGGACUGCUCCUAAAGCCUCUCAUGACUGUAAAAGGUUCCGACCCUGCUCUAGUGCCGAACCGUGUGUGUGUGUGCGCGUGCGUGUGUGUGUGUGUGUGUGUGUGUGUGUGUGUGCGUGCGUGCAUAAAGCCAUAAGCCUUCAUAAAGCUAUGUAUCGUAAUUUAAUUAUUCAGUUUUCGGAUUCAAAUAUUACUGCUCUUUGAGGACAAAUGUAUGUCGAGCCAAUGUUGAAUGUCACCACAUGAGAGAAUUACCUUCUGUACGGCACAGAGCUUUGAAUUCAGGGUAAUUUGCUUUAUAACCAAACAGCAAGUGGAAAGGUUAUUUGCAUCACAUUAGAGUUUGAUAGAUGUGUUCUUGACCUUUUUUUUUAUUUUUAUUUUUAAACUUUCAUUAUUUUGCCAAAGGUUUGGGAGGCCUUUAAAAACCUGCACAAAGGAAGAGGCAUAAUAUCAGCAUGGCAUGUGCUUACACGUUAGGUCCAUGUACAUCACCAGUGUGGACCCUCAUGGAGAAAAAUAUAAUUUAUCUCCGCAUUAAUGUCGCUGAAUGUCAUCCCAAACACGCACACAAAAUGCAUCCUCCUCUUUUGCCUCCACUGAAGUGAAUUUCCAAUUUUGUGCAAUAACUAUCACAUGCUUUCAUAGCAUUUUUUAUAGACCAGUGAAUAUUUUUUUAAAUUUGGAGUACUAAAAAAACGUUCCCAUCUUGUUUGGAACAAUGUUUAAUUUUGUAAGACAUAUUUUUUUUUUUUCUUGAUUGUCAUCAAAUCAGUGGCUAUUUGAUCUAAUUUGUCUGGUGAGCCUUUAACUUGUUGUUUUGGUGACCAAAGGAAACAACAGAUUGUAUGCUUUCACCUCCUCUUAAUCUCUUAAGACAUUCAAUGUCCAUUGAAGCGUAUGGUACAAAGCAAUAGGAAAAACAACUUUUGAAAUCGUUUUGUAAUCAUGUUUAGCAAGUGAGCGCUCGAGUUCAAUUUUACAACCAUGCCACGGUUUCCUUCUUGAGCUUGUGUCAACGACCCUACGACAUCACCAACUGUUACCUCAAACCAAGCUCACCAGAGCUAGCCUCAGCUCACUAAUCAUGUGCAAUAUUUGUCGCUAGCACUUUGACGAUGUCUUCUCUUUAUGUUCAUUUGUUCUUGUUGUUUUGUUCUGUUAUUAUGUUAUUGUCUUUUUGCGUUUGCUGCCUGUUUUUAAACUAUGAACCUUGCACUUUUUGUGCUUCCAUCAUUUGGUGAUUUUCAAAUUCCACAGUAAGUUGUUUUGUUUCAGAACGUAUGGAUGGGGUUUAUCUGAAAUGCAAGAUUAAACAAGUUUGGCAUUUCA